CUUUUUGCAAACACAAUUUAAAUGAGUUAUACGAAUAAGUUUAUGCGAAUUUCUGCGUAUCAGCUAUUACACCUGUUCCACAGGGCAUGGUACACGCUGGUACCUCGUUCACUUUUGCAUCUUCUGGAGGUCGAGGUCGGAGAUUUCCGGGAAGUGGUUAUACAUCACCUGGUGGGAGAUCUAUUGCCAGUAACGAAUCUACGGAUCAUAUAGGAUGUCUUACAGCAGUUAGGAUGACAGCAGUAGCAAAACUUAAUCGUUAUUUUCGAAGACUUAUUCGUUUUCAUCAGAUGGACUUUGAAUUUGCUCUUUGGCAAAUGAUUUAUCUGCUGAUCAAACCUCAGAAAGUAUACCGCAACUUUAUGUAUCGCAAGCGGACAAAGGACCAGUGGGCACGCGAUGAUCCAGCUUUUCUUGUACUUCUUUUGACAGCUCUUGCUGUAUCGAGUAUUUUAUUUGCUUGGACUAUUCAACUUUCAUUCAUUGGUUUCAUUGCAUUUUUCCUAUGGGUCGUUUUCAUUGAUUGUAUUGGUGUUGGAAUACUUAUCGCGACUAUUUUAUGGUUUGCAUCUAAUCGUUUCUUGAGGCGAGUUGUUGAUCAGGAUGUGGAAUGGGCUUAUUGCUUUGAUGUACAUCUCAACGCGUUUUUCCCGAUGCUUAUGCUUCUUCAUGUUCUUUUACCCCUCACAUUUUCGCAUCUGAUAGGUUUCGAUGCAUUUUUGCCGCGACUGUUUGGUAAUACGAUUUGGUUUGUGGCUAUAGUUUAUUAUAUAUAUAUCACCUUCUUGGGAUAUACUGCACUUCCAAUAUUGAAAAAUACACACAUCUUCUUAUACCCGAUUUCGUUCCUCUUCAUAUUUUAUGUGGCGACUGUUACGGCCGGUUGGAAUAUUUCGCUGACAGCUAUGGAUUUUUAUCAUUUAAGAGCUGAAAAUAAACAAAGAGGACAUUGAGAGUAUGAUCUUUGUUUUUUGUAAAUAUAAUUCUUAUUUGCAUUCAUGCCUUUGCUGUUAUAAUAUACAUCCGUCAUAAGUAGGCUUCAGCCUACUCUGCAUUACGUAAGGAUAGGUUGAACUUUGUUCAAUAAUUUUCUUAGUGAUUUUCAACCUCAGCAUUGUGUAAUUUCCAACUUUUGCUAAAAUUUGAAAAGAGUUGAACACUCUGCUUCAAAGGAUAUAUCUUCCAUUUGUUUUCACUCAUUGAUAUUUUCUUUGCUUUUUAUGCUUGUAACUUUGUAAAGAACCACACAGUUAAAGAGAUGUGUUUAUUUACAGAAAGUCUUGCAUUUUAGAAACGUAGAUAAAUAUCCGUAGAUGAAUAUUCAAUCGAAAAAAGAUCAUCUCGACUCAUCUGUUGCUAAUCUGUUAAUUGUUUGUAUAUUGUCUUAUAAUGGUUCUUUUUUCUAACCUGGUGAACAAUUCCUUGUUCAAACAAAGGAAAUUUUCGGGUUUACGGGUUGGAUACAAAGAAAAAUGAUUGAAGGUCAUCUCGAAUUGGUUUGUAUUUGUUUGCUGUUUUUAAAAGAUGAAUACAGAUAUAAUACGAAUGGAAAUCGUGGAAGAACCGAAAGGAAUAAUACGGGGA